UUCUGAUUCUGCCUCCUUUUUAGUUGUUAUGAUCAUACCUUACCCGCAAAGAAGCAAUAGCAGAUUAUUAUAAACAAAGUAGAGUUUAUCUUAACUGGCUUUCAACAUUUCAGCGCUUUUGUUUUCUUUCUUUGAUUUUUAAUUCUCUUUGUAGUGAUUAAGUCUUUUAGAAUGAGUAGCACUCAAAUGUUCAACGAUUAUACACCAAAAAAGAAGGCCAAAAGCAGAUUUUACAUCUUCUUGUACAGGAAGUCCAAAGCAAACCUGGGGUUUCCCAGCGUUUUUUUUUUCUGCUGUUUCUUCUUCAUUGCUGGUUUCUUUGCUUUCAACCUUCUCUCUCAGGUAGGGGUUCCUAGAGAAAGGCAGAGAUCAAGGAGGCUUGAGUCACUGGACUAUGACUUGAUGUCACAUGGAGAAACAGGAGAUGGUUUUAUUUCUAUGAUUCCUUUUCAGGUUAUAAGCUGGAGGCCGCGUGCCUUUUAUUUUCCCAAGUUUGCAACUCCAGAGCAAUGCCAACGAGUAAUCAACAUGGCAAAACCAAAACUUGAACCAUCAACUGUGCUUUUAUCAAAACAAGAAACUGAACAGCCCAAGGACGUUAGAACAAGUAUGGGCACGUUUCUUAGUGCUGACGAAGAUGAGACUGGGAUUUUGGAUGCCAUUGAGGAAAAUAUUGCAAGGGCCACAAAGCUACCAAGAGAUCACUACGAGGCAUUCAAUGUCUUGCGCUAUGCAGUAGGACAGAAAUAUGAUUCGCAUUAUGAUGUGUUUGAUCCUGAGCGAUAUGGCCCGCAGAAGAGCCAAAGGGUUGCUACUUUCUUGGUGUACUUAUCAGAUGUUGAAGAAGGAGGGGAAACUGCAUUUCCAUUUGAGAAUGGCUUGAAUAUGGAUGGAAAUUAUGAUUUCAAAAAAUGUAUUGGCCUGAAAGUGAAGCCUCGCCUAGGAGAUGGGAUUCUAUUUUAUUCAUUGUUCCCAAAUAAUUCAAUUGAUCCAACAUCAGCUCAUGGGAGCUGUCCAGUCAUCAAAGGAGAAAAAUGGGUGGCUACAAAGUGGAUCAGAGAUCAACAAGAUUUUUAG